CUUUUUCGUCAUCAGAGAGUGCACACUGCAGAGAGACCUUAUCACUGCAGUAGAUGUGGGAAAUCUUUUAUCACCAGCCGUAAACUUAAUCGUCAUCAGAUAGUUCAUACAGAAGAAAAGCCGUAUAAAUGCAGUGAAUGUGGGAAAUGUUUUAUCACUAAGACCCAACUUCACAAUCAUCAGAGAGUUCACACAGGAGAAAAGCCUUAUAAAUGCAGUGAAUGUGGGAAAUCUUUUACCACUAAGGCCUACCUUCGUACUCAUCAUAGAGUUCACACAGGAGAAAAGCCUUAUAAAUGCAGUGAAUGUGGGAAAUCUUUUGCCACUAAGGCCCACCUUCAAACACAUCAGAGACGUCACACUGGAGAAAAGCCUUAUAAAUGCAGUGAAUGUGGGAAAUCUUUUACCACUAAGUUCCACCUUCACAGUGAUCAGAGAGUUCACACAGGAGAAAAGCCUUAUAAAUGCACUGAAUGUGGGAAAUCUUAUACCGGUAAGAGUGACCUUUGUCGUCAUCAGAGAGUUCAUACAGGAGAAAAGCCUUAUAAAUGCACUGAAUGUGGGAAAUCUUAUACCAGUAAGACUGGCCUUUGUCAUCAUCAGAGAGUUCAUACAGGAGAAAAGCCUUAGAAAUGCACUGAAUGUGGGAAAUCUUAUACCAGUAAGACUGACCUUUGUCAUCAUCAGAGAGUUCAUACAGGAGAAAAGCCUUAUCAAUGCACUGAAUAUGGGAAAUCUUUUACCACUAAGGCCCACCUUCACAGUCAUCAGAGAGUUCACACUGGAGAAAAGCCUUAUCAAUUUUGUGAAUGUGGUAAAUAUUUUGCAGGUCGCAAUGGUCUCCAAUAUCAUCUAAGAGUUCAUACCGGAGAAAAGCCUUAUAAAUGCCGUGAAUGUGGAAAGUCUUUUGCAAAUUGCCAUGGUCUCCAAAAUCAUCUAAGAGUUCAUAGAGGAGAAAAGCCUUAUCAAUGCAGUGACUGAAGGAAAUUUUAUUCCAGUAGCACCAACCUUUGCUGUCAUCAGAGAGUUCAUACAGGAGAAAAGCCUUUUAAAUGCAGUGAAUGUGGAAAGUAUUUUAUCACCAGCAGUAUACUUUAUUGUCAUCAGAGAGUUCAUACAGGAGAAAAGCCUUAUAAAUGCACUGAAUGUGAGAAAUCUUUUACCACUAAGUUCCACCUUCACCGUCAUCAGAGCGUUCACACAGGAGAAAAGCCUUAUAAAUGCACUGAAUGUGGGAAAUCUUUUUUUUUUUAAUAUAUUUUAUUGAUUUU